AUUAUUGAUGGAGACAUCACCUGAAGCAAUAUGAGUGACUAGCAGCACGGUACAGCGAGGAUGCGAUUACCGUACUUGUCGAAAGCAAGAACAUAAUAGUAUUAUAGAAUUCCUCUCGAUGCAGUAACAAACACCAGAUUACUUACUUCUAAUAUAUAUCUCAAUAAUGAUUCGAAAACUUGGGCUUUUCAAGCCUUCAGGGAUUCUUUCACGCAUUGCGCGAACACGACGUCCAUUAAACUCAAGAAGCUUUCGAUCUAGAGUUCUUACAAACUACAAUCAUGAUUCUUCACAGGAGAUUAAUAUUGAGCCACCUUCACCUCCUCAACCCAGCCCUCCGGUUCAAUCCAAUGUGGCUGCAAUAACUCUAUUUACCGUGGUAGCCGUUAGUACUAUAUACACCACCUCGGCCAUAUACGAGAAUCUGAAUCUCCAAAAGGAGACACCCAAAAUCAUGGAUAUGUUCAUCCGAAACGAGGAAAACACGUAUGAUGUAAGACGCAAAAUGCACGAGAUGAAUUACCCUCCUGGAAUAUUAUAUGCUCCGACCCCAUGGCCACCCAUCCACCAACUCUCCAGUCCCCAGGGACGAGAAAAAUUCUGGAAUAGAUUGAUGCCCUCGGAAAAAUUCACGUACACCAUCAUGGCGACAAAUAUAGGAAUCCAUGCUCUAGGCAGUCUGGCUCCAGGAUUAUGGUCCAACAUCUUCCUACAUACACCCGGCAUGAAUAGAAAUUUCACAUUGCUCACCUGUGUAUUUGGUCAUGGGGGACUGGCGCAUUUGGGUAUGAAUAUGUAUGGAUUCCAUUCCUUCAUGCCGGCCUUGGGACAAGAUCCAUCGUUCAAAUCGAGUAUUCCUCACAUGUCGGCCUUCUAUCUCUCAGCGGGUGUUGUGGGUAGUUGGGCUCAAGCUUUAAGUGCAGGACUUCGACCGAGGGUCGCGCCGGUACCCUUUUUGGGAGCGAGCGGUGCGAUUUUUGCAUUGAUUGGUGCGUUUGCUAUGCAACACCCAGAAGCUCAUUUUCAGAUUCUGUUUAUUCCGUAUCCGUUUGCGGCGCAGGAGUUGUUGGGUGCAGCUAUGUUGUUUGAUUUGCUGGGUGUUUGUGGUGCUUAUAAAACUCUUAGAUUGGGGCACGCGGCGCAUUUGAGUGGUGCUUUGAUGGGUUUGGGCUAUGUGUAUUUUGAUUGCGAGAGGAACAUUUGGAGACCCCUUUGUAGAGGUGUUUAUAGAUGGUUUGGAAUGAGAAAGUGGGAGAAGAAGGUUUAGCAGUACUUUGAAGAUGAGUGAGGCGGGGUAGCAGAGUAUGGUUCCUGUUAACAGUUGCGAUUUAGAAGAAUCACAAGUGGAGACGAGAUGGUCUCCACUCAUAGCUGGUAAUUGAUUACGUCGGCGUUUAGGUAUUGAUGUUCCCCUCAUAUAGUUAAUCAAUGAUUUGUUGGUAGAGGAAAGCUUGACUCCUAGUAUCUGAAAGAUCACCAGGAAACCG